UACCUCCAAUUUGUAAACAGUUUAAGUGUUAGAUAACACUUUUAUAGUGUGUUAAUUGUUAUUAUUUUAUUUUCAGGUGAAGGAUUUAGUAUUUGAGUAUAUUGUGAAUGAAAUGCGUCCAUUAAGGACUUGUGAAAAAAAAAGUUUCAAAAGUUUAAUUGUAGGACUUACUGGAUCAAAUGAUGCUAUAGUUCCAAGCAGAAAACAGUUAUCAAAACAAUUAGAUUUAAAAUAUGAACUAUACGUUUCAAUGCUAACCGAUUUAAUAGCAAAACAUGAUUAUAUUUGUGCCACAGCCGAUAUAUGGAGUGCCAAUAACCGUAGUUACAUGGGAAUGACUUGUCACUUCAUAGACGAGAAAACAUAUUUUAGGCAAUCAUAUGUUAUUGGAUGUAUACGCAUUAAAGGAAGCCACAACUAUCAAAAUAUUAUUAUGUUAUCAACUUAUGACUCAUGCUUGGAAUAUUGUCUAAUUAUGUAAAUAUUCAAUAUUGUAAUAAAAUAC